CCUGCUGGUGUUGAAAACAUUAGCGGCCGUGAACAAACGAAAUUCUAGAAUGCUAUCACAGCAUGUAGCUAUAUUAUUGAGCAAAUCUCGAUGUUUUUGCGAACAAUAUGCCUCGUCCCUUGUUAUUAUUCAUAAACUAUGUAUUUCUGUUGUUUUCCAGCAAAACUACGUUUUGUUUCUGCAGGACGGAGAGAACAACUUAUUCUUGUGAUGGUAAAAACUGCAGCUCCUGCAAGAUCACGGAUAUAGUAACGAAUAACAUGAACACAACAAUCUACUGGUCAUCAAAAUAUUCGCAUAAUGAUACAACAGUAAAGUAUUCUCUGCAGUAUAAUUAUGAUUACAGCGAAAAUUGGACUUCUGUGCCUUGCCCAAGCCCGCAAUGGCAUAACGACAGCGGCAAGAUGAGCUGUGGAUUAUUGACAUGCGCGACAGCAAGAGAAGAGUAUUACGACGUACGCGUAAAGGCUGAUACGAAUUCAGCAGAGGGCUUUGUUACGCAAUGUUCUGUGUUCAACCCAGUUGAGACAAAUAUCCCGUCUCCAAUUAAUGAUGUGAAUGUCACAAGGAAUUCUUCAAAGUUAACAAAAAUUAGUUGGAGACUUCCGAAAAAUUUUUGCGCCAAAUCAAAAUACUGCAUGAAAUUUCUAUAUCACAAAGAAAGAGCGGCAAAAAAUGAGUCUCUUAUUGUUUCGUCACAAAAAAUGAAUUCAACGUUUUUGUCUGGUCUGGAUUCUUGUGCGAUUUAUUUCUUUUAUCUUGCUGUCCAUAAAGAACAUCUUUGCUUCAGCACGAUCGCCAUUCUUUGGACAACCGGACCUUUUAUUUUGCGCCCCCUGGCUUCCCAAAAUCCUGUUGUAUACAACACUUCAAAUGCUUUACGUGUUUUAAACUUCAACACAACUGUACAUUGGAGGCAACCACAAACCUGCUCAUUGGAAUCAUCGCAAUUCAGCGUAUUUUACAGAUUAGAUGGAUCACAGCCAAACUGGACGAGAUCAACAUGCACGAUUAAGAAAGACAUAAACAAUUUGUUUAGUUGCGAGUUUCUGACAUGCGCAAUUGCAAAGGAUCAAAGCUAUAACGUUCAAGUGAGGGUGAGAGGAUCAAGUGGAAGACCUGAAAAUAUUAUUUAUUUUCAACCAUCACUUGAAAAUAUUCCAAAUAAAAUAUCAGAUAUCGAUGUCGCUGCGUUAUCAUCAACGUCUUUGCGUGUGACCUGGAAACUAGAACCACACUUUUGCAGAAAAUUUUCUUACUGUUUGUUUUUUCUCUAUCAUGGCGACUCAAAUCCAAAAAACAAGUCCAUAGAGGUUUCAUAUCCAGAACAAAGUCCACAAUCAAUUGUUGUUCGCAAUCUUCUCCCCUACUCGAAGCAAUACUUCUUUGCCGUCACAUUUCGUCCUCGCCUGGGUUGUCGCUAUGAAGCUGACCUUUCCCACGGUCCAACUGGACCGUUCACCGGGAGGACUCUUGAAGACGUGCCAUCCAGUCCUCCUAUAUUAAUAUGCAGUUUGUGUGACGUCAUCGUACGUGGCAGGACCCGGGCUGGAGCAGUACGGUGGAAGUUGCCUCCAAAGAACAAAUGGAAUGGUCUUCCUCGGGUAUUCGUCAUCCAAUGGCAGCAAAAAACAAACGGAAAUUUCUCUGUACAAAAAUGGAACAACAAGACGAUUUUUGGGAGUCUUGCUGAAGAGGGAAACCUCACCGAGAUUUUCGUUGAUAAAGAAUAUGUCGUUCGGGUGAGAAUGUGCAAUGGCAGGGAAUUAUGUAGCAGGUUUAGCAAAGAAAUGGCUAUAGAAAUUUUAAAGACAGAAGGUUCCGAAUCAAAAACCUCGCACUCUAAAACUCUUGCAAUUUCACUGGGUGUUUUAUUCUCCGUAGUUAUUGUAAUUUGUCUUUGUGGGAUAAUUUAUCUCAAACAGAAAAAAAUCAGGUUUCAACAAGUAUCAAGUACACACGCUCCUGUGCAGCUACCUAGUCUGGAGUGUCUAUCAUAUGAAAACAUCGCCGGUUCAAUGUCAAAACCAACUUAUUCGCAACUCAGUCCUACUGACGAAUGUUAUGGACUAGAGGAAACACCGGAUACAAAAUCUGCUAACAUGGACCAUACAACGGAGGAAGAUAAAUGCUAGAAGUCUGGAAAUGAACACAGACCUUUUUCUAAAGAAAGUUUAUUUUAUAUACCUAACCAGAUAUAACGUGAUAAAGAUGCAUCGAGUUUUUCUGGUCGAAGUUUGGUUACUCUUCUCGUUGUUCACCCAU